CGCUCGACGAUGCCACAGACUCAGUUGGAACGUUCAUGGCGAAAGCUUCACAAGCUUGCGCUCUCGUUGAUAACAGAUCCCGCGUACUUCUACUUGCUCGCCGCGCUGGUCGUCAUUGGUGACGCAGUUCUCACGCAACUGAUCAUACGUUUCGUUCCAUACACUGAGAUUGACUGGGAGACAUACAUCUACCAGUUAGAAUUGUACCUUCAAGGCGAACGAGACUAUGCCUUGAUCUCCGGUCCAACGGGACCUAUUGUAUAUCCAGCGGGACACAUCCACGUUCAUCACGCCCUCUACAAGCUUACGGGGUCUGGCAGAGACCUACGCACUGCGCAACAGAUCUAUGCGGCUGUCUACUGUCUGUUCGAAGUCCUGACCUGCGCGAUCUACGGCAAAGCAGGUGGAGUACCAAACUGGUUGCUGUUGCUUCUCCCCCUCAGCAAGAGACUGCACUCCAUCUUCGUCUUGCGCCUCUUCAACGACUGUUGGAACGUGGUGGCUGCGCAUGCUGCUGUGUUGGCGUACCAGUAUGGCUGGGACGUCCUCGGGUCGUUGCUCCUCAGUUGUGCUCUGUCAAUCAAGAUGUCCGCUCUGCUCUACGUGCCGGGAUUGCUUGUAGUGCUGUUUAUAAGACACGGGCUACUCGGCACCGCAAGCCAUGUUGUCGCCAUUGUGCUCACACAAAUUGGCAUCGGCUCGCCGUUCCUCUUGCACCACCCGCGAAAUUAUACGAAAUACGCGUACGAAUUCACGCGUACCUUCCUAUACAAGUGGACGGUCAAUUGGCGCUUCGUCUCAGAGGAGACGUUCUCAAGCAAUGCGUGGGCGCGAGGUCUCCUGCUGGGCCAUGUCGUUAUGCUGAUCAUGUUCGGCCUCUUCAAAUGGUGCGAAAGAGAUGGUGGAGUGUGGGCGGUACUGAGCGAAGGCCUUCGUCGUCCACAUGUUGCUCCUCGGGUGGCUCCUGUUACUGCAGAUUUUAUUGCGACGGUCCUUUUUACAAGCAAUCUCAUCGGCAUCUUGUUUGCUCGAUCAUUGCAUUAUCAGUUCUACUCGUGGUACGCCGCGCAAUUGCCAUUCCUGGCCUGGAGGACCAAGUAUCCGGUCGCUGUAAAGCUGGCCCUAUUGUUAGCCGUCGAGUAUGCAUGGAAUGUGUAUCCUUCUACCCCGUCGUCCUCGGGUAUCCUUUGCCUGGCGAAUGCGGCGUUGCUCGUGGGUGUCUGGUUCGGAUACCCGGAGGGAACAGCAGGGGGUGUAGAAGUGAAGGUAUCAUCCAAAUCUGAAUAGGUACCAUAUCUAUCAACAAACAUACUUGUACUGAACAUUCCACAAUCAGUGUAAUACAUCCGGAUCGGUGUACAUGUUAUGGCUCGGUUUAAUGCGAAGGACUUCACGUUAU